CUAGCACAGUUCUCGGAGAACGCUCGUCUCCGCCACGCGACCGCGUUACGUGCCAUGGCGCGCGCUCGCCUGUCGGCAUCGCUCCUGCAGCAAGUGCCCUAUCAGGCCCCUACUUGGGCCUCGUCGCUGGAUGCGCCGCGGCACCGCGUGGUCUUGGGGCAUUGGCCCACGCCUUUGAUGCCUUGGGCCAAUCCAGCAUUGAAAGAGCUGAAUGUGCGUUGGUCGCUGAAGCGCGAUGACGUGUGUGGUGUGGAGCUGUCCGGGAACAAGACCCGGAAGCUGGAGUUCUUGCUCUCGGAGGCCCUUGCGAACGGCCAUGACUCCGUGGUCACCGUGGGAGGUCUUCAAUCCAACCACUGCCGCGCCACGGCCGUGUGCGCCAAGCUCUUGGGACUGGAGCCUCAUGUGGUAUUGCUGGUGAAGGAUCAGAUGCUCCAAGAGGACCCAGGCCUUUCCGGGAACCUGUUGCCCAUGCGCCUCUCCGGCGCCACGCUGCAUCUCUGCCCUGCCAGCGCCUAUCGCGCGGCGGGCGGCGACUUAGCCGCGGCGGAUCACUUGAACGAAGAAGUGGCGGAGCAGUUGAGGAGACGUGGGCGUGAUCCCUAUGUCAUACCAGUCGGUGGCACCACGCCCUUGGGCACCUGGGGUUACCUGAAUGCCGUGGAGGAGUUCCAACAGCAGCUGACUGAGUUGGAAGACCCUAUAGAUCACAUUCUGGUCCCGUGCGGCUCGGGUGGCACCUUCGCUGGCCUUGCCGUGGGAUUUCACCUCGCGCAGCUGGACGGGGACGCGCGAAGAUGCCGGCUGCAUGGGGUGAACAUCCAGCACCAUCCGGCAGCCUACCACGAAUUGAUCCGCAGAGAGGCCGCGGGCCUCGGCUGCUCUUCCUGGGCGCCCGUCACGCUCGUGGACGGCAGUGGUGCUGGCUAUGCCGUGGCGGGUGAAGCAGAACUGCGGUUCCUCAUGGACGUGGCCGGUGCAGGCGUGAUUCUGGAUCACACCUACGCUGGGAAGGCUUUGUAUCACUUUUGCGACUAUGCUAAAGUACAUCCAGAGCGCUUCCGCGACUCACACAUCCUCUUUUGGCAUACAGGAGCUUUCGGAUGCUUCGGGUGGUCUGGUUUCGGGGCGGCAGCGGGUCUUUUGGGUUGUUGAGGUGGCUCUUCUUCCACAUCCUGGCGUCCCCUUACCAUUACUAGGAUUGGAUUCUUGCCCUUGCACCGAUUUAUGGUUCUCAAUGUUCCAUCCACAAUAAUAUCUCCAAUCACUUGGACAAAUAAAUUCUUAAAUCGCUAGUUCAUACUUUGCAAUAUUGAAUCCAACUGAUUUAUUUUAUUUCCUAAAAGUUGCCCAGAGCUGAUGCAGAUUUAUCACCUGAGAUUCCAAACCAACAACAGGCUGGUCAACACAUCGGGAGAGGCAUGAACUUGGUGUUUGCCCGCGUCCGCAGAAUUUUGUACCAGGUUCCAGGUGAUUGAUCAGUGAGCGGUGGUGUCUUUGGUAUGGCGUUGAUGUUCCGCAGCUCAGCCAUUCGUGCAUCAGCGAUUCGUGCAGCGAGUGUGCGCAUGAAUCUGGGAUCAGUUCGUUAUGGCUCGUGGUUGCAAAACAUCACGUCCAUGAUCCCUGUGGUCGGUCCAUUGACAAAUGGCAUUCAGGCAGCGAACGAGGGUAGGACGGAAGAAGCGUGGAAGAAUGCUGGUUACGUUGUCUUCGACGUUGUCACCUUUGGAGCAGCAGGCCCCGGCUUACGGGUAGCCGCAGCGGUUGGAACCGCUGUCGUCAAGACAGCCGUGAAUGAGGCGACGCAUGAUCAUCAUAAGGAGAAACGGCGAAGCGGUUAGAACCACUGACACCUGUGGAAUCGAUGUUGAUUGAUACUCCAAAGCGUCUUCCAAGGCCAAAUUAAUUUGUAAUUAGUACAUGCCUUCUUCCAGCUGACCUGGACUUGGCCUGCAAUGGAGUA